ACAUUGUAAGAUGUACACAAGAAAAGAAAAGAAAAUGAUGUCUACUAGAAAUGAGAUAGUAGCAGCGGCUAUGGUAACGAUGAUGAGCUUCAUAGUGACACUCACUUUGGCUUAUGAAUCUAAUAUGACUGAUGAAGCUGUUCGCUAUAAGCAAAAUGGGAUAUCUAUGGUUCCAAAGGGUUGUCCAGACAAGUGCGGCAACGUUAGUAUUUACUACCCAUUUGGAACCAGGGAAGGUUGCUAUUUGAGCGAAUGGUUCCACAUAAAUUGCACCACAUCCUCGGAUGGUGUGGAGAAGCCCUACUUGAGCUCCUUUUCUGAUGGCAACAUAAAAGAGAUUUUGGGCAUUUCCUAUCAAAGUAGUUCAAUAACAAUCCAAGAGUCAAUCUCUCCUAUCUGCCAAACCACCACUGGGCUCGCCUAUGGAAGCAAUAAUAAUAUCACCAUAAUUUCCAACACCAAAUUAUCCCAAACCCCAUUCCUUUACUCUGAAUAUCUCAACAAGUUCAUGCUUUUAGGUUGUGGCAACGCUCUCCUCACUUCGCCUGGUUACGAUAUACUAGGUGGAUGCACCUCAUUGUGUGGCAAAUUCACGGAACGUCAACAUCUUUGCUACGGCAUAAACUGUUGCCAAAUCCAGCUUAGCACAUACUACUAUGAUGCUAUAAAAACAUACCAAGUCAACUUCACAAACUCGGCCGCCCUCAAUGCCUGCAGCUAUGCCUUCUUUGCUCAUCGUGAUUGGUUCGCUGAAAGCUUUACGGGCAGUCGCCGGCGGGAGGAGCUAGUUGUUCCGGUCGUGUGGCAGUGGACCAUCCCAUACUUGCCUCCAUCCGCCCACUCAGACUACUGCCACCACAGCAUAAAGUCUUAUGGGUCGUCUUACAGUGAUAAUUAUUAUUGUCACUGCCCAUAUCCUAAGAUAGGGAACCCAUUAAUUGCAAAUGGAUGUCACGGUGGUCCUAUGCUCACUGUCAAGGAACUGUCUGCUAUUAUUGGUGUUAGUGGAAGUAUUGGAAUUUUGUUGUUAGUAUGGGGUUGUUUCAUCCUCCGUAAAGCCAUCAAGAAGAGAAAGAUGAAGAAACAGAGGCAGAAGUUCUUCAAACGUAAUGGAGGUCUCCUUUUGCAGCAACAACUCUUAGCUAAAGAUGGGAUUAUAGAGAAAGCUAAAAUAUUCAAAGCUAGCGAGUUAGAUAAGGCCACUGAUCAUUUCAACUCAAAUAGAAUUGUAGGUCGAGGUGGGCAAGGCACAGUGUACAAAGGAAUGUUAAUUGAUGGGCAGAUCGUUGCAGUGAAGAAAUCGCAGGCGGUGGACGAGAAUCAGUUGGAGCCAUUCAUCAACGAGGUUGUCAUUCUUUCCCAAAUCAAUCAUAGGAAUGUUGUCAAACUACUGGGGUGUUGUUUAGAGACCGAAGUUCCCAUUUUAGUUUAUGAAUUUAUACCAAAUGGGACGCUUUUGAGCCUUAUCCAUAACAAUUAUGACAACGAGCUCAUUCCUCUUUCAUGGGAUAUUCGCAUCAGGAUUGCAUCAGAGGUGGCUAGUGCUUUAGCUUAUCUUCACUCCGCCACAUCAAUUCCCAUAUACCAUAGAGACAUUAAGUCUACUAACAUCCUUCUGGACGAGAAAUUUCGAGCCAAGGUUUCAGAUUUUGGAACUUCAAGGUCCAUUUCAAUUGAUCAAACUCACUUGACUACCAUAGUUAAGGGGACUUUUGGAUACUUGGAUCCCGAAUAUUUUCAAUCCAGUCAGUUCACAGAUAAAAGUGAUGUUUAUAGUUUCGGAGUAGUCCUUGCUGAGCUCCUGACGGGACAAAAGCCAAUUUCAUUUGAAGUUGAUGAUGACGAGGAACGGAGCUUGGUAACACGUUUUCUAUUGUGUAUGGAAGAGAAAAGUCUUUGGGAAAUUCUUGACGUGAAAGUUUCAGAGCAAGGGGAAAAGGAAGAUGUUAUGGCAGUUGCUUGGCUUGCACAACGUUGUUUGAACUACAAUGGGAAGAAAAGGCCUACAAUGAAAGAAGUGGCUGCGGAGUUGGAUGCCAUUAGAGCAUCUAAUCCCCAUCUCGCCUCGGCCAUGAAAACAUUGGAAACUGAAUUAGGUUUCAUAUAGCUUCAAUUUUACUAUUUCAGGUGUCAAAACUUGCUAGAAGUCAAUUGAACUAUCUGUUUUGUGUGUGUUAUAUUCAAGCACACCUCUCUCAUGGUGUACGUAGGAGAGUUGCUUUUAUGUGUAGUUUGGAAUGUAAAAGUAUAUAGCUUUGUUAUACUUUUCAUAAUUCAGGUAACUUAUUAUGGAUGUUUUCCAUUUAAAUAAUACAACAGUUUCUUCACCAGA